CCGCGCACGUCAUGCAUGCGGGGUCCUAGCACGCGCGCCCGCCUCAUGGGCACCGUGCUCAGCUUCAGCCCGCGCGAGCGGCGCCCGCCCGCCGGCGCGCCGCCGCCGGACCGCGCCGCGCUCGCCUACUCCUACGAACGACUCAACAACGCCAAGAACAGGGAGAACCGGGAGCUCCCCCGCGACGAGCGCCGCGCUACCCUCGACGACGCCGCCAAAAUCAUCUCCGAGAAAACGGCGCUCGAGAAAAACUUGAAGAAGCACUCGCUCUUCAUAAACGCCUUAUCCUGGAAGAGGUUUUCGACGGCCAAUAACAAUAAGAAGAAAUUAGAAUGCAAGACGAAGAGCGUGACGACGUUCCGGGCGCCGCUGACGGACAAUGCGCCGCUGGACAGGAACAAGAAUGUGAGCGUGCAGGGGACGAUAUACGCGCGGCCCGCGCCCGUGGCGGCGCCGUUGCCGCCGGCGGCCGAGGUCGCGCGGACCAACGCGCUCAACAACAACGUCUGCUACUCGGAGAAGCUGCCGACGACGGCGGUGGGGCCGGCGGUGGCCCCGCGCAAGACCGUCAUCCAGGCGUCCACCUCUGAGCUGCUCAAGUGCCUGGGGAUGUUCCUGCACACGCGCUGCCACCGCCUGCGGGACUUCCAAGCGGGGGACGCCGUCAUGUGGCUGCGGACGGUGGACCGCUCGCUGCUGCUGCAGGGCUGGCAGGACGUGGCGUUCAUCAACCCCGCGAACGUGGUGUUCGUGUACAUGCUGGUGCGCGAGCUGGUGGACGGCGAGCGCAUCGCGCGCCCGCAGGAGCUGCAGGCCGUCGUGCUCACCUGCCUCUACCUCUCCUACUCCUACAUGGGCAACGAGAUCUCCUACCCGCUCAAACCCUUCCUCGUCGAGGACUCCAAGGACAAGUUCUGGGACCGCUGCCUCCUCAUCGUCGACCGGCUCUCGUUCAACAUGCUGCGCAUCAACUCCGAGCCCGGCUUCUUCACUGAGGUGUUCACCGAGCUGAAGGCCUGCGGCGUGGUGGAGGGCCCGCCGCCCGCGCCCGCGCACCCCGCCCCCGCGCCGCCGCACGCCAUCUCGGCCGCCUGACACACCGAGGUCGCCGUGCUGCGGCUGGCCCUCACCGAUCGCCCCAGUCGCGUCUGAUGUCGGCUCUACGCCACCGCUCUCGUUCAAUCGUCUGACGCCGGCUUGGACGAACUCUCCGGACUUAGGAUAGCUCCACACGAGCCAAUUAAUAACUUCUAAGUGAAGUGUUCUCGUAGUUACGUCUGAACUGUUUGGAGAAUGUAGUGAAAUUGAAAGAUAUUUAUUUGUAGGUAACCGUGAAGGAUCCUGAAAGCUUUGGUAGAAAAUACUCAUUUUUGAAUUUAAACUGAUGUUAUACGAGCAAGUUUAUGUUGUUCGAAGUGCAGCACGAUAUCGACGUUGUUAUUUGCUCAAGAAUGUAAUCCCGCCGUGACGAUUGACCAAGAAUUUAUUUGAAAUCAUAUUUACCCCAUAAGACUGGUGAGCGCGAACGGGGGAAGAAAACGCGAGAAAACUUGAUUAAACGAAAAACUUUGUAAGGCCGCCGCUAAUAAUUAUAGCUUUUAUGCGAAAGUUUGGUGUCGUGUCGAUCGUGGAGUUCACUUCCCGGAACCAACGAAACGGGCCACAAAUACGUCUCGCGUUCGUUCGUCCUAUUUACUGGGCCACAACCUACACGUGCCGUGUCGACUUCGAUUGCUGCAUUCUACAUAAUUAAUGUCUGUAAUGUUAACGUAGGUAAUUUGUCUGGUAAAGAUACUUUCUGGGCCCGCUGCAGCGGCGUUUAGUCCAAUAGACAGCGGUUAGUUAGUAAGUUAAGAGUUUCGUAAUGUAGUGAAAUGCUCGUAUGCCAUAUACCUAGUUAGUUUAGAUGCAGGCGGGAGGAUGCAAUAGCGGGGAACCGUCAGUAAAUAAAGGAAUCCGGUGAAUCCUUCUAUGAAGUGUACGUAAUACGGCCGUCAGCUUAAAGCGGGCGAUUGAACCAUUGGUUGAAGUAUAUUUAACAAAUAGGUCAAAUAUUGCGAACGAUUAAGCGUUUUGUACAGUAAUAUCGAAUAAAUUUAUAUGUUAAGUCAUAAAUAGUCUGGUGUGGUUAAAUGGAGGUUUGUUCGGUGUGAAGAGAUGGGCGGAGGCCUAGGGCACUCGGUGGGACUUGACCAUCAGGUCUGGAACUAGUUAAUGAAUUUCGAAUCGUGGGUCUUAACGAACGCAAUAGCCUAAAUAUAUUCAAGAAAAUGUUUCCAGAACGAGGCGAUAGUUUUUUCUAAGAUUGAGAAAGACAACGUACGUAAGCUUUACAAUAUGGCGGUCGCCGCAUAACUUGCGCGCAUGCGGUCAUGCGGUCAACUUUGAGGUAAAGUGCUUGCAUUUAGUCCGUACUUACCAUGCGGUCGACUUUGAGGUAAGCCGCAUGCGUUUAGUAAGUAGCAUGCGGCGACCGUAGUUAUGUAAUUGCAGCAUUAAUAUUAAGUUAAUUACCUAUUUCUAGUCAGCGUUUAUUGUUUUCCUUAAUAAAAUACUGUAGUUAGCAUAGAUAAAUUAAUACGAUUUGGUAUACAUAAUUAUGAGUGAUUGUAUUUAAGUGUCACCGAGUGCCGUAGUUAAAUUUACGUUAGUAAAGGUACGAAGUGGCAGUAUUUAAGAACUGGAAUCUCAUUAAUGACUAGGGAAGUAGAUGUCUGUGAUGUUUUGACUUAGCUUUGUGUUUGUGAUAUGUUUCGUUUUGUUAUUUAUUUACUCCGGUGAUUGUUGUACUUAUUCUUAGAUGUGGAUAGAUAUUGUAAGGCAAUAAUUUAUUUGGUCAACAGUACACAUUCUGAUAAAAUGGUUAUUUAAAGUUUUACUUAGGAGAACAUCGUGUAAGCAGCUAACAUCAUUGAGAAACUUAUUUGAAUGCUCGAAGGUUGACUGACAUUACACUGUUGCCGCUCGCCUCGCGUCAUUUGGCGUAAAAGGAUAAUCUACCAAGAGUACUAAUUUUUUUAACGCUUACAAUGAUAUAAGUUCCACCGAUAGUCAGUUUUUACAAGCAUGUUAAUCGUACGAAUUAGAUUUGGUUCCAUCUGCACGAUGUGACUCCUAGUAAAGGUAGCAUAAGAAUAUUAAGGAUGUUCGUUGGACUAUUAUAUAAGACAUGAUCUUGAUGCCGUCUGAAUAUCUAAAACUUCCUAUUUACCUGUAUUGAAAUUCAAAAGUACCUUUAAAUACUCUGUUUGAAAUAGCAUAAUGUUGAAUCUAGUCAGUUCUGUUAGAGCUAUGUUUUUAUCUUAACAAAUGCACUUAUUUUUGGACAAGAUCCUACUAGAAAAUUAUUUUCUUAUUCCGAUAUUUGCUUUCUUGGAAACAGUAUCAGGCUAUGUACAUUCCAAUUAUUAGUAAGUAAGUGAUAAGUUCAGAAUUCAGAUACAGCUUAAAGUCGAAUUCCAGUGAUCUCUGGGUUGUUCUCAAAACUUUACAACGUUUCAAACGCUGUUAUAUAGUCAAAGAUUUCAAUAAUAUCGGGAACUUGACUGCUAGGCCCAAGACCUUCCAUUUGUGUCGCUUAACUUCAAAAGUGGGUAAAUCCAUUCCGCUAUAAGGUUGAUUAUAAUUUAUGAUCAAACGAACUUCUUGAAGUGAAGUUCGAUCGAAAUUAUAUAUGAGUCACUUCAUUUGAAGAUAUAAAUUUAUAUAAAUAAUAUAAUAUGAUCUGAAAGAUAAUCAACCUUAUAGCAGAAUGGAUUUACCCACUUUUGAAGUUAAGCGACACUUGAAUUUUAAAUCAUCUGCUUUUACUCGCACUACUCGCAGCGUAUCUUUGGCACACUUACGGCCUUUCCACACGUCAUCGGUUAUCGCGUGCGAUUUGAAAUACAUUGCGUCAUUGGAUCAAUCGAUUUAAUUCGUUACUUCUUAUUAAUCAUGCAGCAAUCAUCUGCAUGCGAUUCCUUGCAAGGUAUCUCUCCUCGUAGAAACGAGAAGGGUUAACGAAAUGUGAGUGAUAUCAAAUUGAGAUUAAUUACUAAGUUUAAUUCUCUAGUGUUUGAAACGCUGUAACCUGAGAAUCACCCCUCUGAUAUUAUAGCAUAACUUUGAUAUUUGGAACAUGUGUCAUAAUAAUCGAAGGUAUUACUGAUCAGGUACCUCUUCUAAUAUUACCUACUCAUGUAAUUCACGUUUGUUAAUUACUCUAUUGUAAAUAUACCCAAUUAUUAAAAAAGACUUUCGUAUACAGA